AUGGAGGUUACCGGAGUGUGCUAUGUUGUGGGAGUAGUAGUAACGUUGGCGUUUUAUGUAUUGAGAUUUUUAAAUUGGGUAUGGUUCAAACCAAAGAAGAUAGAAAAGUUUUUAAGAGAUCAAGGUCUUAAGGGUAGCUCAUAUAAGUUCUUGUUUGGAGAUUUAAAGGAGAUGGUGCAGUUGACAACUCAAGCAACAUCUAAACCUAUUGGCCUAUCCGAGGAUAUAGUUCCUCGUGUCUUACCUUUUGUCCAUAAAUCUGUCGUUACUCAUGGUAAAAUUUGUUUUACAUGGAUGGGAAACAAACCUUUGGUUCAUGUAAGUGAACCUUCUAUGAUACCUGAGAUAUUAGCUAAUUAUAAUAAAUUUCAAAAGCAAAAGGGAGGACAUCCGCUAAUAAGGUUGCUAGGGAAAGGAUUAUUCAGCACUGAGACCCAUCAAUGGGUUAAACAUAGAAAAAUCAUCAAUCCUGCAUUCCAUGUUGAGAAGCUCAAGCAAAUGGUGCCAGCAUUUUAUAUUAGCUGUAGUGAGAUGAUCAACAAAUGGGAAGAAAUGCUGAUCAAGGAAAGCUCAUGUGAAGUGGAUGUGUGGCCUCAUCUUAAAACAUUUGCUAGUGAUGUAAUUUCACGUACAGCAUUUGGUAGUAGCUUUGAGGAAGGAAGAAAGAUAUUUGAACUUCAACGAGAACAGAUUGAGUUGGUUUUAAAGGCUAUUCAGUCGAUUUAUAUUCCAGGAUCAAGAUUUUUGCCAACAAAAUCGAACAAGAGGAUAAAGGAGACUUGUCAAGAAGUGGAGGCCUUAAUAAGAAGUAUUAUUGACAAGAGAGUAGCCACCAUGGAAUCCCGGAAAUUUGGAAAUAAUGACCUGUUAGGAAUUCUUCUGGAUUCCAAUCACGAAGAAAUUAAAAGACAUGGACAAGAGACCACGGCAGAUCUGCUAGUGUGGACUAUGAUUCUCCUGAGUCAGCACACAAAAUGGCAGGAACUUGCGAGAAAUGAAGUUUUAGGCGUUUUUGGGGAGAAGAAACCACAUAUUGAUGGAUUUAGUCACUUAAAAACUAUCAGCAUGAUAUUCAAUGAGGUCCUUAGACUAUACCCACCAGCAAUGGUAUUAGGACGGAUGAUACAUGAAGAAAUGAAAUUAGGGAAUAUGACCUUACCUGCAGGAACCUACAUUCAAGUGAACACAUUGCUUUUACAUACUGACCAUGAUAUAUGGGGUGAGGAUGCAAAAGAGUUUAAGCCCGAGAGGUUUUCUGAAGGCGUGUCAAAGGCAACCAAGGGACAAACCUCAUAUAUUCCGUUUGGAGGGGGGCCACGUAUAUGUAUUGCACAAAAUUUUGCUUUGAUGGAAGCAAAAACUGCACUGGUUAUGAUUCUACAACGCUUCUCUUUUGAGUUGUCUCCAUUGUACUCACAUGCUCCACAUUCUGUCAUAACGUUACAACCUCAAUUUGGUGCACAUUUGAUUCUACGUAAACUUUAGGCUCGCAUGUUUUGGUUUGUUUAAAAGU